AUGGAAUUCCUUCGAAACCGUCGCCUGCCUCCUAUGGAGCCAUGGCAGACUUUGUGUCAACCUGUCCCACUCGUACGAGUCAAUGCUCAGCCAACUCAAAAUGGAGUCAAAUAUAUCGCAACUGGUCUGACCUCUGAAGCAGAGUCUAUUCUCAUACAAUUGGAAGGACCACUCUAUGUUGCUGCCUUCAUUGGAUUUGGAAGAUCUGGAAAGUCAAUGACUGCCACAAAACUCAAAGCAGCCUUGACGGGUGAUACCAGUGUCCAAUUCACAUCUCGUCCUGGCAAUGUACCUUGUACUCAUGGAGUCGACAUGAUGGUCUUCCAACAUCCAACAAAGGCUGGCCAAAUCAUCUUUCUGGAUUGUGAAGGAAGUCAAAAUCACAACCAAUCUGCACUUCCAUUCGUUAUGGGUCUAGCAGCUCGUCUAUCAACUCGACUCUAUGUAUUUGAGCGAUCAUGCUUUACUACUGGUGGCUUGGAAACUGUGAUGCAAGUCUUGACCAUGGGUCUCGCUACUCCUCAAAACCCAGAUAUACGUAUCGACCUGCCAAAAUCAUUGGUAUUGGUUGAAAAUAUGACUAUAAACCAAGAAAUCACUGAAAUUGACCUGCUGACUGACUUGGUGAACGAAACGGAUGGUGAUGAAGCUACAAACCGUAUUCGUCGUAUUAUACGUGACCGCUUUGAUGUCGAAUUUACCAAACUCCCAUUUAUCUCGACCGUCGUCGGUAGCGAAUACAAUACAACAAUCAACGACAUGGCUGAUAUGUUGGCUGAUCGUCUGACUCCCUUGAUUGUUGGCAAUGUACCCAUUGAUGGUCCAGUCAUGGUACAACUCGCUACAGAACUGGUGGCUCAAAUCCGAGAAGGUGGAUCCAAAUUCAAUAUGGUGUCUGCUACGGAAGCUAUGGUGGCCAACAUGGCGUCUGAAGCUGCCAAUGCUGCUUGGUCUGAGUUUGUUGAAAAGUGUCGAUCACUUGGCAAUCAUCCAUCUCAAAUAUCUGGUCGGAAACAUAUCAAAUCAAUAAUGAGUGAAGUAGAAACUGUAGCUGGUCAAGCUCGUGGUGAAUUGGAAGGCUUUGUAUCCAAACUGGAACCUGCUGAACCCGCUGGUGUCGCCAAACAACUAUGGGAUCGUAACUUCAAGCACUUCACAUCUGAUUUGAAGAGUGCACAUGCCCGAAAAAUGCAGGAAAUUGCCAAGUAUACCAUAUGGAUGGAUCGCGUUCACUCAUUGGUCACUCAGAUUGUGCAACGAGUCUAUGAAGCAAUGUUCCACAUGAUGAGGUUGGCACGAUUCACUACAUCUCUGGUCAUUGCUUCCAACUACUACGUAGCAAAGGAAAGCUUCAAAUUGGUUACCAAUGUGGUCUCUCAAAUCUUUGCACCAGCACCACAACACCUUUUAAGCGAAUAA